AUGUUGCAAGAGUAUGGAGCGGGCCCGAACGUCCAAGGUGCCAAGGGGCCGACACCUCUGAGGUUGGCACUGGAGAGCAAAGAUCUGAAUUCGGAUAUAAUAAGAUUCCUUCUCGGGGCGGGUGCCUCUCUGGAUAUUCUCCUUCGGAAAUGGUGGGAUUUUGAGAACUUCUGGCCAUCUUGGGGACAAUUCCCAAUCAGUAUGGAAACGCUUCACAUAUUCCUACACGCAGCGGCCAGCCAAUCUAUUUUAUCACAUCUUCCACGUCCUUUCAUUUGUCUCGCAGCCAUCGUGGGAGACGCCGAGAUACUGAGGUCAACCUUGUCUCUGUGCAAGAAGGAUGGCCACGCGAACCAGCAGGAGAAUAAGGAUGCUGUUACUGGCGGCCAUACAGAGAUCGUGGAGUUGCUUCUAACACAUAAUAUCGACGUAAAUGAGAUGAGUAGCUUUACUGGCAAAACCGCUCUACACUUCGCAGCGUCUGGUGGACAUGAAGAUAUAACGCGUCUCCUUCUAGAAGCAGGCGCGGAUGUGCACAAGGCCGACAACGAAAUAAAAACCCCGCUCUGCCAGGCCGUUAAGGAGGUAAAUAAUUUAACUUCGAGGCAAAUAAUUGACCGCUGCAGAAGCGGAGAGGCAGAGAUAACAGCUGAGUGGUUUCGACGGCUCUUCGAGCCCCGAAUCCAGGCUAUCUGGACACUGGUGGAAUACGGUGGUGAGUUGAGCGAGGAAUGGUUUGUGCCGCGCACGCUGUUUGCUGGGGACGAUACUCGCGCGCGGCUGCAGUACCUUGAGAGAGGCGCUGCAGGUCUGGAUAUAUCGUACGCUGUUCCUGCGCACUGUGGAACAGAUACAGAUGGAAUGGUCGAUGCCGGAAAAGAGGGAAUUGCGGGCAGUUCUGACUAUCUUGAUGCUUGCUGGGUGUGA